AAAAUUUAUAAACUACUGAAAUUGUAGGAAUCAUAAAUGGAAGCUUUUGGUUUGGAAAACCGAUACUUUGAAUAGCAAAAUACGGUACUUUUCACGAUACAAAUCAAAACUUCAAAGUAAACUGACAAUGUGAUGGUGAGAGAGUGGAUGAAACUUAACAACGUUUUAGGAAUUUUUUAACGUUGAACUCGGUCAUUCUUUGCGCUAGUGAGCGGGUUGUGUGUUUCUUCACACUCCGCUAUAAAAUUUGGAGAAUGAGAAGAUCUGGGAAAAUCACAGAUGAAAAAACAUCAUGUGUUAAUUCAAGCUACAGUAGAAUCCCGAUUAUCCGCGGAAUAGUCGGGCAAACUCACCGCGAUUAACGAAUAUCCCGAUGACCCAUUAAAGGACAAAAAAAUGCAAACACGAAAAGAGAUGUUUCAACAUAAAAACUAUGUUCUAUCAAUACAAAAAUCAAUCAACUAUCCAUCUAUAAGGUCGUGUACACCAGUGGCUAAAUAAUGUAAAAGCCAUGACCACAACAAAAGAGCAUGGGCACUAACAAAUUCCGGAAAGGCCUAUUGAUUUACUAUGGAACUCGCAGUCACGAAUAAUCCGCAGGGCGGAUCACCCGCUCGCGGAUAAUCGGGGUUCUACUGUCAUAGUCUCAUUUAUGGAAUAAAAACAUUUGCUUGCAGAUAAAAUAACUUGCAUAUAUUUUCGCAAACUAAAAUAAUCUGGCAUCUCUGAAACUGAAAGGAACAGUCUGUAUUUGUGAAACGAGUAUUAUGAUGUAUUUUUGAGAAGAAAAACCGAAUUCUAAAGUGUAAAUUAUGAAUGAAAAUUAACUUUUACGAAUCAAAUUAGUAUUCUAUGUGAAUGCAAAUCACUUUUUUUCUGCAAGUGCAAUGGUGAGUGCAAGCUUGGAAUUCACCCAGGACCCCGAGGUAGUCAAACUGGUCUCCAAAGGUGUAGACAUCAGCAACAUAACCUUCAUCUCAUUCAAAGUCGGGCUUGAUCCUGCUCUGAAAUCCAAAGCAUUGGACCCUCCGUCUUGGCCAGAGGGCAUCAUGUUCCGGGAGUUCGAGGAGAUUUGUGUCCAAAAAUUUCAGAAACCUCCCGCUGUCAACCUGACGCCAACAUCCAUUACACCACUGGUAGAUGCAAUACAGAUAUGAUUGAUGUUCCAAUGCGUUAUGACGAGGACGGUGGGAACCCACGGGUUUCCAUAACAGGCGAGUAUACUCAUUCUGUUAAGGAUUGCGAACGAUAGGCCCUUUGAAUCGGGUCCACAUCAAGUCGGCGCCGAAAAUAAUCGACGCGCUGUGUUGAUUGUCAACGAUAACUGACAUGUGACAUAUACCUAAAUGAGAUAAUCCGAAGAAAAGAAACGAUGUGCUAACGCUGAAUAGCUAAUGAAAAGCUCCAUUGUUCUUUGAAUUAUAAAAAGUGAAUUUAACAUUAAAUAUUAGGUUCUUAGAGUUUAUAUUUCAUUAUAUAUAUAUAUUGAUUUGUAAGUACAGCUAUUCAAUCAAUCAAUAUUCAUGAAUUCAAUAUUAAUUAUUUGGUAACUUUGUUCACAGCUAUUUAACCUAAUAACUGCAAUAUUUCUGAAAAGCUAAUUGGAUCAAAUAGUAAAGAAACUAAUUUGUAAGUGCUCCAAAAUUGUGUAUUUGAUAAACGCUAAAUAAAUACUACUUUCCAGUCGAGUUCACGGAAAACCCGAACUACGAAACAGUUUUUUUAACAUUCUCGAAAAUUACGGCAUUCAAUAAGAUUCCAGCCAGUCAUGAGCAGUUCAGAGAUGCAGUCUCCCAGUAACUGCAAGUCCUGCAAUCGGCCGGACCAUGCCGAGGACAUGGUUGCAUGUGAUAUGUGUGGAACCUGGUUUCACUACACCUGUGCAGGGGUGCAAGCCUCUAUUUGCGACAAACCAUGGUAUUGCGGCCAUUGUUCUUGCCGAUGCGAAGGCACUAGUAGUUCAGCGAUAUCUGUGCACUGCACUCUGGAAGCUCUAGUGCUCGUUUGCGACUGAAACAUCUCGAAGAAACGAAGGCGCUCGACGAUCGUCUUCUUCUACAACAAGCAGAUCGAGAACGAGAUUUUUUAGCCGAUAAGCAUCAGUUGGAAGCUGAAAUUCAGACAGAAAGGCAACUCAGAGGAAGUACAUCGAGUUUUAGAAGCCGAAACAGUGCCAGAAGUCGACGUAGCUACAGGAACGAACUACGAACCGUAGUCAACCAAUCUCUAGAUACACCAGUGAAAGCUGUGGAUCCACAACCUGGCGCGUCAACAUCCAUUCCUGUUGAAUCAAUCGGGAACGUGGUGCUAGCGGUUCCAGAUAAGCGUGAUCUUCCACCCGUUCAGCAGUUACCUCCUCGCGACCAUCCAGCGGUAGUCCAGGAAGUUGCCGUUCAGCCUGUAUUUACCCAAUCCAGCGUCGAUCAAGCCACAGCGAUGCAUCCACCGAGAAGUCAUUUGCAAACCAUCGUUGCGCCUUUCGUAUCGAUAGCAACAACCGUUCUGCCGUAAACGGCGACAAGUACUGAUGUAAUCCAUCCGUCUGUGCAACCAUUUUCAGUACCACUUCACAACGCCUUACAACAAGGUCGACAGAAACAACAUCCACCUCGUCAGACAAAAGGACAAUUUCCACCGACAACACAGUCAGGUUCGAAGGAGUCCGCGAUACUAGGUACGAAUCCAGUGGAAAGUCACGUUUCUAUGCAAGUCCAUAAUGAAGGCAAGUUCCAAGUGGAAGAAAUCGAUACGCAGCAAACAAGGAGACAGCAACAGUUUUAUAAGCCAACACUCAACCAAAAUGUUUCAUCACAACCAGCUUCAUCCUUUUUUACCCAGUGGCCGCAGAACGCAAAUGUGAGUUUCAUGCAGCAAUUCCCAAUGGCCAACCAAAUUCCAGUUGUACAACCGAAUAACUCUUCUUAUCCGAUGAGUUUCUACCAACCGUCGUAUUAUCCUAUGCCACAGAGUAUGCCAACGCAGCAAUCGAGUACGGGUGCAGGAGCUGCACCAGCAACCUACGCAUCGCACAUCCAGCAUAAUUUAGGGCAUGCCACUCAGCAUCCACUGCCGGAACGAGGUUCGAGUUUCUACCAUACACACGUCGGUGAAGGAAUAUUAACGGCACAACAAUUGGCUGCACGUCAAGUGGUAUCACGUGAGCUGCCCAAAUUCUCAGGCGAUCCUCUUGAGUGGCCAAUGUUCAUUAACGCAUUUGAGUCCACUACGACUAUGUGUGGGAUUCAACCAGACGAAAAUCUGGCUAGGCUGCAAAAGAGCCUGGUAGGUAAUGCCAGGGAGAAGGUUCAGAGCAUACUAACGCUGCCAGCGGCAAUUCCCGAGAUCAUUGCAACACUACGCGACGAAUGCGGUCGACCAGAACAAUUAGUUCAUUGUUUACUUGUGAAAAUUCGACAUGCGCCUCCACCCAACGUUAACAAGCUCGAUACGCUUAUAAACUUUGGCAGAGAAGUCAGACAUUUGGUGACCUUUGUCGAAGGUGCCAAUUUGCGUGAGCAUCUUGCAAAUCCAAUGUUGCUGUCCGAACUGGUAGGGAAGCUACCCCCAAGUAUUCGACUGGAUUGGGGACUUCACCAGCAGAAAGAAGGCCAAGUUACGCUAAAAGCAUUUAAUGAUUACAUAACCUCUAUCAAAAGUGCUGCAUGCAAAGUUUCAAUGCCGACUGAAUACCAUCAGGACGAUAAUCGGCGAGGCAAGAAGGAGAAAGGUGGCUUUGUUAAUGCACACUCCAUUGAGGAAAAGAAUGGAAUCCCGCCAUCAAGUUUGAAGAAGGAAUAUCAAGUAAAAUCCAAAACAUACUUGACUAAGUCAUGUCCUGCGUGCAAUAGAAGCGACCACAAACUUCGAACUUGCGAUAAAUUUAUUGGCUUCAAUAUGGAUAAAAAAGACGUUUGGUUGAUCAGUUCAAACUAUGCCAACGUUGCCUGGGAAGCCACGGAAAGUGGCCAUGCAGAUCGAAGCAAUCAUGCGAAAUAGAUGGUUGUAAAGAAUCCCAUCAUCGAUUGCUUCACCCAGUAAACGCCAAACCGAUUACCACUGUACCAAAAGCUGGUUCAUCCGGAAUUAUUUCGGUUCACUGUUCUCGCCAAGAUGGCAUGCUGUUCAAGGUGAUUCCUGUCGUUCUGUCCAGCAAUGGGAAAUCAGUCUCAACCUUUGCAUUCCUGGACGACGGAUCGAAUGUCACGCUGAUGGAAGAGAAAAUUGCUGAUGAGCUUGGUUUAUUCGGAAAUAUCAGUUCGCUGUGUAUUCAGUGGACAGGAAGCGUAACCAGAAAAGAGCCAAAAUCCAAGCAAGUGGAGCUACGCAUCUCUGGCGUCAAAUGUAAAACAGAUUAUGCCAUCUCAGGCGUUCAAACGAUACCUCGUCUUGACCUACCGAAACAAAGUCUCGAUUACGGAGAACUAUCCAAGCAGUUUCCACACCUAAAAGGUCUUCCUAUUCAAAACUUUUCUAAUGCAGUGCCACGGAUUCUGAUAGGCUUAGAUAAUGCAACGCUGAAAUUAACUCUAGACAAACGAGAGAGACACAGCGGAGAACCAAUAGCAGCCAAAACGCGGCUAGGGUGGACCAUAUUUGGAGGUGGCCAACGGGGCACGAAGAGCAUCGAUCACGCAAUGUUUCAUAUUUGUAAAUGUGAUGCGGAUGAAGCGCUUCACGAUCUCGUCAACAGCUACUUUGCCGUAGAAACUAUGGGGGUAAAUUCUUUGCCACUUUUAGAGUCAUCCGAAGACCAACGAGGUAGGCAGAUCUUAGCGGAGAAUACCAGGCGGACUGAAUCCGGAAGAUUUGAAUGUGGUCUUCUGUGGAAGAGUGACAACUUUGAGUUCCCCUGCAGCUACAGAAUGGCUGAAAGGCGCUUAGUUUGCUUGGAGAAAAAAUUUGCCAAGAAUCCAGUGCUGAAAUCGAAAGUGAUAGACCAAAUUGAGGGAUAUCUGGAGCACGGAUAUGCACACAUAGCUACCGAAGACGAGCUUCAAAAUUCAGAUCCACGCCGCGUCUGGUAUCUUCCCUUGGGAAUUAUACAGAAUCAUCGUAAACCCGAGAAAUUUCGUAUUGUAUGGGACGCAGCGGCACGUGUAGGAGACAUAUCGCUCAAUUCGAUGUUAUUCGUGGGUCCAGAUCUCUUGACUCCACUGCUGAAGGUAAUCUGCGGAUUUCGGCAACGACAAUUUGAUCGACAAGCCCAAAGAUUCCUGUUUCGAUCCGAUCCUGAACAACCGCCUACAGUUUACGUCAUGGACGUUGUCAUCUUCGGGGCGUCAUGUUCCCCAUGUUUGGCGCAGCAUAUUAAAAACACUAAUGCCAAGGAAUAUGAGAGAACAUACCAGGAAGCGGCAUCAGCGAUUAUCAACAAUACUUACGUCGAUGAUUUCUUGAUUAGUAGACCGUAGAUGAAACUGUACAGAUAGUAGAGGAGGUACGAUUUAUUUUCGAUAAGGCCGGCUUCGAGAUUAGGAACUGGCAGUCAAAUUCCGAGGAGAUUCUUCGACGGGUCGGGGUCACGAUCGAUGAAACAGCGAAAUGUUUUUCAGUGGAGAAAUCUACAAUAGCCGAACGAGUGCUGGGGAUGACAUGGCAUCCUAAAGACGACUUGUUCGUAUUUGAAACACAGUUCCGGGAAGACCUUCUUCCGCUCCUAUCGGGAAACAUCGUUCCCACCAAAAGACAAGUGCUUCGGGUGGUAAUGAGCCAUUUCGACCCACUAGGCAUCGUAGCCACCUAUACCGUGCACGGGAAAAUUCUAAUUCAGAACGUGUGGCGGUCCGGCGUAAAAUGGGAUGACCCUAUAACAGUGGAAGAUUUUAAGGAAUGGCAGCGUUGGGUGAGACUAGUUCCAAAUCUGACGCAGGUUCGAAUCCCGAGAUGCUAUUUUCCGCACUAUAUUCAGGGCAGUUACGACUCACUCGAACUCCAUGUUUUUGUCGAUGCCAGCUUAAUGGCCUACUGUGCUGCAGCUUACUUCAGGAUAAUCGAAAAUGGCUCCCCUCGUUGCGCUCUAGUAGCGGCAAAGACGAAGGUUACUCCUUUGAAACCUCAAUCUGUCCCACGCAACGAAUUAAGUGCUGGAGUGAUUGGAGUGAGACUCCUUAGAAGCAUUCAGGAGAAUCACUCAAUACCAGUCCAGAAACGCUACAUAUGGACUGACUCAACGACCGUACUUGAGAGCAGAUCCUCGUAAGUACCGGCAAUUUGUAGCCUUUCGGGUCGCGGAAAUUCAGUCGGAAACAAGCGUUGAUGAGUGACACUACGUUCCAACGAACCUUAACGUCGCCAACAAGGGUACCAAGUGGGGACCUGGCCCUUGUUUCAGCCCUGAAAGCUCGUGGUUUACGGGGCCAGCAUUUUUACAUCGACAGGACAAUGAUUGGCCACGUCAACCGAUUAAAUUUUCGGAACCACAACAUGAAAUCAAAGCUGUUCAACAUCAUGCGGUGGUUUGGGAUUCGACUAUCGACUUUACAAAGUUUUCUCGCUGGGAGGUUCUAGUAAAAAAUCUAAGCUACUUGCAUCACUUUGUCCAUCGUUGUCGAACCAAAAAUCGGGUAGCGACUGGAAACCGGAUUGCAGUAUUGCAACAGAGCGAUUAUGCAGCGGCAGAAACAAGCGUUUGGCGGGUAAUUCAGAAUGCGGAAUAUUCUACCGAAAUCUCCAUUCUGCGCAAAAAUUCUGAUCUUCCUGAUUACGAACGUAGGUUGUUGAAAAAAAGUAGUCAAAUCGGAAAGUUGUCACCAUAUUUAGACGACAAAGGCGUGCUGCGUAUGCGUAGUCGAAUCAAUGGGACUUCUAUUCAUUUUUCUUUCGAAUUUCAAAAUCCGGUGAUACUCCCUAGAAAGAACCACGCCAUUAAUCUACUAGUUCUCAAAUACCAUCAACGUUAUGGUCACGCUAAUAUUGAUACUGUCGUCAACGAGUUGCGCCAAAGGUUUUACAUACCCAAAAUUCGUUCUGUAGCAAAGGAGGUUGUGAAACAAUGUAUGUGGUGUAAAAUUUAUCGAGCAAAACCAACCGAGCCGAAGAUGGCUAUUCUACCACAGCCUAGAGUGACACCUUAUGUUCGCCCGUUUACCUUCACUGGUCUAGAUUAUUUUGGGCCAUUGAUCGUGAAGCGUCGUCGCAGUAAUGAGAAACGAUGGGUGGCACUUUUCACGUGCUUGACCAUACGAGCUGUACACGUUGAAGUAGUGCACAUGUUAUCUGCUGAAUCCUGUAGACUGGCGAUUCGCCGUUUCAUAUCCCGGAGAGGUGCACCGCAACAAAUAUUCAGCGAUAACGGUACCAAUUUCAGGGGAGCUGCUCGCGAGAUUUCCGAUGAGAUAAAAGUUCUUAAUAAGAAAUUAGCCACCACAUUCACCAAUGCAGAAAUUGAGUGGAUUUUCAAUCCACCUUCCGCUCCCCAUAUGGGUGGUGUGUGGGAGCGGAAAGUACGCUCAAAAAAAGACGCGCUCAAAUCUUUGCACCAUAAGCAAAAAUUAAACGAUGAGGAGUUAAUGACACUUUUAUCAGAAGCUGAAAUGAUAGUCAACUCCCAUCCUCUGGCCUUUGUACCGCUGGAAGAUCCAACCCAAGAAGCUAUUACCCCGAACAACUUCCUACUAGCGAGCUCGAGUAGUACCAACACUUCAUCAAGGAUACCUGUAAAUGAGGAAAUCUCCCUGAGAGUAAAUUGGAAGAUGAUGCAACAACUUCUGAAUCAGUUCUGGAAGCGAUGGAUUCAAGGCUACCUGCCAACCAUAGCUCGUCGCACCAAGUGGUUCAACGAUGUUCGUCCGCUUCAAAUUGACGAUCAGGUGGUCAUCGUAGACGAAACGGUUCGUAACGGAUGGUUACGGGGCCGUAUUGUGAAAGUUUAUACGGCGUUAUGGGCAAGUAAGGAAGGUCGAUAUUCAAACUUCCUCUGGAGUGUUCCAGAGACCAGCAAUCAAAGUAGCCUUGUUAGACAUCCUGCAGAGUAGUAAGACCGUUUCAAAAUCAGGCAUUACGGGUCGGGGUGUUAAGGAUUGCGAACGAUAGGCCCUUUGAAUCGGGUCCACAUCAAGUCAGCGCCGAAAAUAAUCGACGCGCUGUGUUGAUUGUCAACGAUAACUGACAUGUGACAUAUACCUAAAUGAGAUAAUCCGAAGAAAAGAAACGAUGUGCUAACGCUGAAUCAAUAGCUAAUGAAAAGCUCCAUUGUUCUUUGAAUUCUAAAAAGUGAAUUUAACAUUAAAUAUUAGGUUCUUAGAGUUUAUAUUUCAUUAUAUAUAUUGAUUUGUAAGUACAGCUAUUCAAUCAAUCAAUAUUCAUGAAUUCAAUAUUAAUUAUUUGGUAACUUUGUUCACAGCUAUUUAACCUGAUAACUGCAAUAUUUCUGAAAAGCUAAUUGGAUCAAAUAGUAAAGAAACUAAUUUGUAAGUGCUCCAAAAUUGUGUAUUUGAUAAACGCUAAAUAAAUACUACUUUCCAGUCGAGUUCACGGAAAACCCGAACUACGAAACAGUUUUUUUAACACAUUCCAUUCUCUUGACCCCAGCACUCAAUCAGUCUGUGUUGCAGCAUACUUUUACUUCUGACGAUGAUGCCGUCUGGAUUUACUACCAGAAUGUUGGAGGAUUGAGGACCAAGCUGGACAAUAUAUUCCUUACUUCUCUCGACUGCGACUACGAUGUGAUAUUGCUGACAGAGACUAGACAAAACGAUAGCAUGGACUCACUGCAAAAUUUUGGAUCAUCGUACAACGCUUUUCGAUGUGACCGGUGUCCUCUGAAUAGCGACAAGCGUAGCUUUGGUGGUGUAUUGAUAGCUGUCGCUAAUCGAAACGUGAGCUCACACGUCUACACGUAUAACGGAAUCCGGCUGGAGCAAGUGUGUGUUUCCGCGAAUAUUCGAGGCCAUCGUUUCCUGAUGUGUAACAUUUACAUUCCGCCCGUGAUGUUCUGAUGGAAGAUCAUAUCGCCACCGUCCGUGAACUUAGUGCGGCCGUCAACUCCGAUGCCAUUAUUCUCGCCAGGGUUACCAUAUCUACAGAAUAAUCUGUAUUUACACAGAUUUUUCAGACUUUUUGAAGCCAAUAAUCUGUAGAUGCAGAUUACAGAUUUUUUUGGUUUGCAUACAGAUUUACAGAUUUUUCAAAAUAACGAUCCAAUAUGACCAACUCAUCAAUUUCAUUCAUAUAGCAUCCGAGUCAAUCUGAAUGAGAGUCAUGUUGGCAUUCAUAUGUAGCGUGUAGUACUGCUUUCUCAUGUUCAAUCUAAGGCGAAAAGAUGCAAAAUUCUGCCUCAUCGGUUAGCUUUACAAUAGAUAAACAACACUACUAAAGCGCAGUGAAUGAGAAUUGGUAUGGUAUCACAAAAAUAAUAAGUUUGGUGUUUUUCGCCUUUUAUCUUUCUUUUUGAACAUACAGAACAAUGCUCUUUACAUCUACACAGUGCCGCAAUACAUGGAGUUUUCUAUUAACCCUUUUCGUUGCACCAUCACCCAGAUAUGGGUGACACUUUCGUCGUUCAAAUUGAAUAGGAUUUUAUAGGAUUUUUAAACGGAAUUGGAUAGAAUAGGCACCUAAAUGUAACUAUAAGAUAUGUAGAAAAAUAAUAAAAUCAUAACAAUAUUAUUAUAAUGUUUAUACUAUACUUUUUAUUAAUUUCUAGUAUGGAUGGUUUGUA